GAUAUCAGUUAUUAAUGUUGAUUAAUUUCUCUGUUUUAUCUCUCUUCCUCAGGGAUGCUUGGGAAGGUGGACAUCUAUGCAGACGUUUUUGGAGGAGGGCGCAUCCUUCUUGAGAACUAUUACUUUGCUCCAUUUGCAUGCGGGGAUGAGAUCAACCCAGAGAGAGGAUACAAUGCAAGGGCAGGGUCCUUGCGAUUUGCCAUUGCUAAGGCACUGCAGCCCUUUGUUGACUCCAAUACCAGAGAGAGGAUGCGCAUUGCUGGCCUGCUGACCCAGGACAUGCGGUUCCAGGAGAGGAACAAAGUGGGAUGUGAAGGUGCAAGAAAGAAAUGGACUUGGAAGAAGAGAUGAACAUCUUCAGUGUGGAUAAGAGACAGAGUUGUAAAUGUUACUGUUUUCUAGUUGGAUAUCACAGGCAUUCACCUUUUAGACAUCCCUGAUGAGGAGUAAAAUUUACAUUGUGGUCCUGUGCAUGAACCAUGCCAACAUAUGGCCAAGCAAGA